AUGAAGAGUGUUGGAAGUUUACAAUGUGUAUAUUUUAUGCUGUUUGUUAUAACUAUUUAUAUUGUGAGUUUGGGACGUUGUGCGCCGCAAAAUAAAGAUAAUGUGACAAGUAAAAUUGUUUUUCCGUCAGAUGAUCAAUCCAAAGCCACGGAAACAUAUUAUUCGGCCGCUGAAAUGUGCAGCGAGUAUUCGAAGUUGAUUUACAGUUAUAUAAAGGAUCCAGUAUUAUUAUUGGGUCACAACCACAUUAUCAAAGUUAAAGAUUGUCACGAUGUCUUAACCUUAAUCGUUAACGGCACGAGGGCCGAUCCAAAAGAAUUUCCGCACAUGGCUUUGUUGGGUUAUAACAAGAACCCUAAAAGUAACGCAUGGGCCUGCGGUGGAUCACUGAUCAGCAAUAGAUGGAUCCUGUCCGCAGCACACUGUGAAAAACUGGAUGAUAAAACGUUCGUGCGCUGGGCACGCCUGGGAGACCUCAACUAUCUGUUGGACACCGACGAUGCCAGACCAAUGGACUACCAAAUCGAAAAACGCGUAGUGCACCCGAAUUAUCAACCACCGUCAUUGUACAAUGAUAUAGCGUUGUUCCGUUUGGACGAGGAUGUUAAGUUUUCGGCGUACGUACGGCCCAUUUGUCUUAACGCAGAUCCAAAAUUGCAGUCGAGUCCUUCGCAGAUGGUGAUAGCAACUGGUUGGGGACAGAUCCACUUCAACGGACCAUCUAGUCCGGAUCUGUUGAAAGUGAUUUUGAACAUGAUCCCGGCAAACCAGUGCAAAAGCAAUUACGCGUCGACCGGGGUAACUCAGUUGGCGAACGGAAUACUCGAAGAAAGCAUGAUGUGCGCCGGCUAUGCAAAUGGUGAAAAAGACACUUGUGGGGGUGAUUCUGGAGGUCCACUUCAAAUAGCGCACGACAAUUACAUGUGCAUGUACACGCAAGUUGGCGUCACGUCGUUCGGUAAGCUGUGCGCCAAGAAGAAUUCACCGGGCGUUUACACGAGAGUAUCCAAGUUCUUGCCGUGGAUCGAACGAAUCGUUUGGCCUAAAAAGUCUGCCUGA